CUCACUUACUUUUUGCAAUGUCUAAUUCAUUUUCAAUUUCUUCCCCUAAACUUGUCUUGUCCACUGGACACACUGCUGUGCAAGAAGCAGGGGCAACUGGUACUCAGAAGAAACGUACCGUUAAGGCUGAAAUUUCUGCUUCACUCUUCCAAAAGAUGAUGGCAGAGCUUGUAGGCACAUACAUUCUCAUAUUUAUUGGCUGUGGGGCUGCUCUUGUCAACAAUAUACAGUCUCUUACAAUUGUGGGCAUAGCACUUGCAUGGGGUCUUGCUUUUACGGCCACUGCAUAUGCAGUUGGGCAUGUCUCUGGUGCCCAUUUCAACCCUGCAGUUACCAUUGCCUUGGCUGCUGGCCGCAGAUUUCCAUGCAAACAUGUACCUCUGUAUAUCAUGUCACAGUUGUCGGGAGCAACCCUAGCAAGCCUGACCCUGAGGCUGUUGUUUAACGACCAAAACAACAUUCAAGCAACCGUGACUCAGUUCUCUUAUUCAACAACUUACAUACAAGCCCUCACCUGGGAAUUUAUAAGCACUUUUAUAUUGAUGUUCACCAUUUGUGGUGUUGCUACUGAUGACAGAGCGAGCAAAAAUAUCUCUGGAAUUGCUAUAGGUGCUGCUGUUGUGUUUACUGUUAUGGUUGCUGGGCCAAUCACUGGAGCUUCUAUGAACCCUGCCAGAAGUUUUGGCCCUGCUACUGUCACUGGUAUUUAUAAGAACAUUUGGGUCUAUACUGCAGGCCCUAUUCUUGGAGCCAUGGCGGCUGCUAUGGUGUACGGUGUUCUCAGGGUACCUACACCGGUAGAAUCUGAUGACGGUGUUCUCUGGGCACCUACAUCU